UAUAAACGGGCUCUAGUCUUAGCAUUUUAAAAGAUCUAAAAUGCAGCAGGGACUUGGACAGCCAUGGAGAACUUCAAUUCGAAGAUGGCAGAGGGUAAUUAUUACUGCCGCCAAAAUGCGGUAAAGGAAACGGCAACCUUGGGAACUUCAUUCGAUCACUGGGCGUUUUAAAUUAUUUUGUAGGGAAAGAAUAAAAACUUCAACGCAUGCAUUGUAAAUAAACACGGAUUAGAGUAGAUGCUUUCCUUUGUUUUAUUUUGUUUCGAUUGAUAUAUAUUUCUGUUAGGUGACUGGAGGAUAGAGUGACAGAGCCAAGGAGGGAGAUAGAGGAUGGGUUUCCUGUCACAGAGAGUCGAGAGAAGCGAAUUAGCAGCCGGCGACCAUAUCUACACUUGGAGAGCUGGCUUUGUGUACGCUCAUCAUGGAAUAUAUGUCGGAGGCAAGAAAGUGGUUCAUUUUACAGCAACCGAAGGCAGUACAGAUGCAACUACACGCCUCUUUGCCGUCUGUACCUCUAGUUCAAUAUGCCCAACUGUAUGCACAAAUCAGGACAUUCCUGAUUGUGGAUUCCAUAAGAGUAGCGGAGUCUUCCUAUCUUGCUUGGAUUGCUUUCUCGGGAAUGGAUUAUUGUAUAGAUUUGAGUAUGGUCAAAGAUCUUUGGUUUUACUUGCAAAACUCCGUGGGGGUACAUGCACUACUGCAGAAUCUGAUCCACCAGAAACUGUUAUCCGUAGGGCCAUGGACAGCUUCACGACGGAUUUGGAAAGUAUGAUCUCUUUAACAGGAACUGUGAAGAUUUUGCCAAAUACUGUAAAACAGGAUACAUCAUCAAUCCUACAAAAGCUUAUCAAGUGGCUUGCAGACUAGGCCUAGGCUCUAUGGGUCUUGCAGCCGUAUUGAACCCAACUGUUCCGGUUGGCUUGAGUUUGGGAAUGGGGGUGAAUAUGGUAAGUAGGUAUGCAAAUGACAUUGGUGUGAGAAGAGAAGUAAACACUUGGUUGAAGAAAAUGUGCAAGACUUGGGGAUGCAAAUUAGCAUAAAGAGAAACCCACUCCUACUUGUUAUGCAUUGGCUCAUUCAUAAGCUUUUGAUCUAAAUUUUUAGAUAGCUUGUAGAAGGGGAAAAUGGAAUUUUAUGUUUACCUACGAUUGAUUAUCAACAACUUUUUAUUGAUUAAAUCAACUAAGUAAUGGAAAUGGCGUGUAAUUGAAGCGAGGGGUGACACGGUACUGGUCUCAAGGAUUGGCCUGUUCGGAACCGGACCAUAUUAACCCCUAGAAAGCAUUAUGCAACUUUUGUCACGGUAAUUUAUAUUUAAGAGAUCAUUAUUCUAUGCUUAUGGUAAC